UUUUUUCAUCCUCUGUUGCUGUGCGGAGUUCAGCUCUGACACAGCAUCAGCAUCAGCAGCAGCACGGGGAUAAAAUGCCAGCAACAGAUGCUGUCCAACCCGGCUGGCGUUGGUAAGACCAAAUUCAGGAAGCCGUCCCAAGAAGGACAAGAAAGUGGUGGAAGGAGGAAGAAAAAAAAGGAAAAACCAGACCACCACCACGGGCAUUCCUUCAUCCCUUCUCCUAGUAUUGUAGAAAUAAUUUCUGCCUUCCCGGCUUUCCGAUUUUGCAGACUGUGCUGAUUUCCCUCUCCGGCCAUGUCAAAGCAAGAGGCCGACAGCAUGGCAGAUGGAGAAACCAACCUGCCCUGCAAUGGAAGAGAAGAAAGCCCAAACGGAUCUGUCGCCGGGAAAAGAGAACCGAAAGUUGGACAGAGGCAAGAAAUUGUCUGGCGGAACGUGAUCCUUAUGAUGCUGCUCCAUGUCGGGGCCGUGUAUUCCCUCUGCCUCAUCCCCAAGGCCCAUGUGUUUACUCUGAUUUGGGCUUACCUCUGUUUCGUCAUGUGUGCCCUGGGCGUGACCGCAGGUGCCCAUCGUCUGUGGAGUCACAGGUCCUACAAAGCCAAGCUGCCUUUGAGGAUAUUCCUGGCGAUAGCCAAUUCCAUGGCAUUUCAGAAUGAUAUUUUCGAAUGGGCCCGAGACCAUCGAGUGCAUCACAAAUUCUCUGAGACAGAUGCGGACCCCCACAAUGCCCAGCGGGGCUUCUUUUUCUCCCACAUUGGCUGGCUAUUUGUCCGGAAACAUCGAGAUGUCAUUGAGAAAGGAAGCAAGCUGGACUUCAGUGACCUGCUGAAUGACCCUGUCGUUACGUUUCAAAGAAAGCACUAUGUGGCUUCCGUCAUACUGAUGUGCUUUGUCAUUCCUACGAUUGUGCCUUGGUACUUCUGGAAAGAGAGCUUGUGGAAUUCGUACUUUCUGGCUUCUAUCCUCCGGUACACGGUUUCACUCAACGUCGCCUGGCUGGUCAAUAGCGCUGCUCACAUGUAUGGCAACCGGCCCUACGACAAGAACAUCAACCCACGGGAGAAUGCCUUGGUCACUAUAGGAGCCAUUGGUGAAGGUUUCCACAAUUACCACCACACCUUUCCAUUUGAUUAUUCGGCCAGUGAGCUGGGCUUGAAAUUCAACCCAACCACGUGGUUCAUUGACUUCAUGUUUUGGUUGGGUUUGGUCACUGAUCGGAAGCAUGCUCCGAAGGAGAUGAUCCAGGCUCGCAAAGAGAGGACUGGAGAUGGCAGUUCUUGAAAACCAGAACCAAGUCUUUCAACGUUGAUGCUGCUGUAUGUGUCGUUCGUAUGUUUCUUUAGGGGUUUGGGGUGCGGGUCUCCUUACCCCGACCUUCUCCUUAGGAUGGAAGUAGUAUUCUUUCAUUGAACAUAGGCCAAAUAAGUUCCUGGGUUAAUUCUGUUUUACUCAAGGGCAAUGGUUUUCAAACUCUUCUGUUGGAGGGCAACAUUAACUCAUUAUGCGUUCACUCACAUGCAAAGGAAACCUGAGUCGUUGCAGGGAAUUUGGAGCAUGAGCUAAUACAAGGGAGAGCAAGAGCUUGGAGAGCUAUUAUUUUGGGCCUGAGCUUCAUGAACCCAUCCUAUCAACCAUUCCAGUAUGGUUACUGGCCACACUGGCUCGGAGUUUAUGAGAGCAGUAGUUUUUUAAAUGCAACUUUUUCAAGCAUUCAUUGAGGCUGUGUGAUCUACUAGAUCCACCCAGGCAAAUUUUCAUAAUAAUUGCUGGAUCAAAAUGGCCAUUUACUAGUGCAAUCAAUCACCUGAAUCAUGCAUAAGUAAUGCGCAGUUAUGCGUUCCCCGCAUACAAGAACAAAUCUGUAUCAGAAUUACUAGCAGGCCUGCAAACAGGCCUGAUCAGCAAAUUCAUACUCAUAAUUGAUAUUAGGAAGAAAAAUAAUCAAUUAUUAGAUGGCCACCACAGCAAAUGGUUUCUAUUCUUGGAAGGACAAGUUAUGUCAGUCAGUUAUGUCAGUCCCAUUUUAUAACUAGCAUACAUUGACAUUCAAAGAUAUAUAACUUGCAUGGAUUGAAUAGGCAGAUAAGCAUGGAAGGAGCUGCAAUCUUUUAGCUACAUUGGGAGUUGGUAGUGGUUGCUGAUUCACCACAAAUCUUGCACAGAUAGACCAGCAGAUGUGUUGAAGGCUUUUAUGGCUGUUGUGCAUUUUCCAGGCUGUAUGACCAUGUUCCAGAAUCAUUCUCUCCUGAUGUUUUGCCCACAUCUAUGUCAGGCAUCCUCAGAGAUUGUGAGGUACAUAGAUGUGGGCAAAACGUCAUAUAUGUGGGCGAAACGCCAGGAGAGAAUGCUUCAGGAACAUGGUCAUACAGCCCGGAAAAUGCACAACAACCUAGACCAGCAGAGGUUCAUCUAUUUUCAACUUAUUCCUAUGCAGCAGGCCCUUUCGUGGGGGUUAGAUGUGCAUGACUGCUACAAAAGGCUAUUUUGUUUUUCCGAGAGAGCAUCUCUGUAGGAAUCUCAAGGUUUUGCAAGGUGGCUCCAUAGCCAAUGUCCUCUUGACUAUAAAGUCACACUGCAGGAUCCAGAGACCCUUAGAUCAUAUUAAUCAUAUCUGCAAAAGUUAAAGCCACAGGCAUGGCGAACUGACUGUAUUUCCAUCUCAUGCAGAUCACUGGUUAUGUUUCCUCAGCUCAUCUUUCAUGCUACACAGUGACAGCAUUUUGACAUUACUUGAAUUGCCAUAAAUCCACCCUGUGGAAUCUUGCUAUUUAUAAUUUGGUAAGAUAUUUUGACAUUUUUGCUAGAUAGCUCCAAAGUACAAACCCCGGCUCCAAAUGGGACAUGGCAGUUAAUGCAGUACCAAAGUGCUUUUACUGUGUAGUGUGAAAGAGUUGAUAAGCCUAGAACGGCAAAUCUCCGGCUAAAGAUCCCCACAUGUAAUUGAAUUAAUAGUCGUCAGUGUGCCUCAUGAUUAACUAUGGUGGCUAUUUAUUUAUUUUAUUUAUUUAUAGUAUUUAUAUUCCGUCCUUCUCACUCCGAAGGGGACUCAGGGCGGAUCACAAUGUACACAUAAAAGGUAAACAUUCAAUGUCAUAUGACAUACAGACAAAGACAGAGACAGAGACACAGAGGCAAUUUAACAUUUUUCCAGCUUCCUGCUUCAUGAGGGUAUGCUUGAUUCCGGCCACAGGGGGAGCUGCUGCUUCAUCAUCCACGUUGACACCGAGUCCUUGAUGGAUUACUUCCUCAUUCCUCUCUGCACACUGCUGGAUGAUUUUGAUGGUGUUGUAAAUUAGUUAAAUUAGUCUCCCCGAAUAAGCAGUACCUAAAUUUCCUACUUGAUAGAUGCAACUGUCUUUAGGGUUGCUUAGGUCACCAACGAGCUGGGCUAUUUUAAUGGUUGGGCACUCAAUCUGACGCAGGCUGGCUUCGAACUCAUGACCUCUCGGUCAGUAGUGAUUUAUUGCAGCUGGCUACUAACCAGCUGCGCCACAGCCCGGCUACAACUUCCAGGAAUCUGGAAUCCAGAAAUAUUUGCAAGCUUGGGAAACACUCCUCUAAAAUACACAGAACACUUCCCUAUAGUUGUGCAGAUCAGCAGAUUUCAGUCAUGGUGUAUAGCCAUUCGGUUAGGGGUACCUUUUCAUCCACCAUUGAUAUUAUCAUAAAAGAUUGGCAGAUAAAUCCCCAAAGAAUGUGAAGGUUCCUCAGUACCCAGUUUGAAAACCAUUGCUUUAGUGGAAUUAAAUCAUGGAUGGAUAUAGCCUAUAUUUGUAGCUGUCUUAAGUACAGUGUUUCAGAAAGUUAGAUAUUAUUUAAUAUUAGUGUUCAAUGUAGUAGAUCUUUUGACUUGAGUCAUCAUGACUAUGGCCAGGGAGUGUACUAAUACAGUUGCACAUGUACACUCUUGACAGAAUGAAGGAACUGAGUUAAUGCAUAGUUCAAACAAGCAAGCCUGAGAAUUGUUUCAUUCAUGGUGAUAUUUUUCCUCUGCUGCUUUGCUCUGGUUUCUCGGAGGCACGGGAAAGUUAGGUUCCAUAUCCAAACACAACAGCCCAUUCACUCAAAAGGGCUUCCCUACUCAUGUCAAUAAAAUUUACUGCCAAGAGUGAUAAAGCCACUCUUGGUGGUCACAUCAAAUGUGGGCAUGAAGUUAGGGGGGCCCAUAGAGCAAACAGCAACUGUCAAAGUAUAGGAAUAGAAAUCUAACACACAAGGAACUCAACUGGGAAAAAGCCAGCAUGGUGCAAUGGUUUGAGUGUUGGACUGGGAUUCUGGAAGACCCGAUUCCUAGUCCACUGAGACCCACUGAUGGCCUUCUGUAUGUUAUACUCUCUCAGUCAGAAAGGCAAAGACUGGUAAACCUUAUCUGAAUAAUUUUUGCCAAGAAAACCCUAGGAUAAAGUGCACCAUAAUUUGGUACUGAUGCACCUCUCCCACCAUUCUUUGAACUACAAUUCAAUGCAUUGGUGGUCAGAAGAUUCCACGUCAGUGGGUUGGCAAAUAUAUUCUAGGCCAGUAGUUUCCAAACUCUGGUCUUUCAGAAGUUUUUGGAUUUCAGUUCCCAGAAUUCCUGACUUUUGUCCAAGCUGGCUGGGACUUCUGGGAAUUGAAGUCCAAAACACCUGGGGGACCAAAAUUUGGGAACCACUGCUCUAGACUUUCAAGAGUUGUCCAUGGUGCCGAGUCUUAUCUCCUAAAUAGAUUAAGAGCCUUAGAAAGUUCCCUUAAAGUUUACUAUUGAACUUCUACGAGAGCUUCCAACUAACAGUGAUUCCGCACAUUCCAGAUUUGUUAGCUCAGCAUGACUCAAAGCAGUGGUCGGUGGACUGGUGACAAUCUGCAAGUCAUUCGCUCCCAGUCUCCAGGAAGCUUCUAGGAAAUUACAUGGAUACAAUAAUAAAAUGGAAUAAAUAUAAUGGUGGUCCUCAUCACACACCAGAAUUGCUGUUUAACCAGGUCAGAUAGCAAGCAAAGCAUUGUCUUAGGCUACACUUACCUGUUUACAGCUGCUGUCGCCAUUUGUAUUCCCAUCUGUUGGAAAUUUCCAAUGGUGCCUGUGACCUAUUGCUCUCUUUGCUCCUGUGUAAAGCAAGGGAAUUAAACAAAAAUAUAUAUUUAAAUGAAUAUAAAAGUGUGUGUGUGUGUGUGUGUGUGUGUAGAAUGGAAUGUUUUGCAUGCAAAGGUCAAUAUGUUGAAGCAAGGAAAAUGCUUGAAGCUCAAGCAUGCCUAAGAGGGCACUGCCCAGUUUAAUCCCAAUUGGUCUAAACAUCUAGAACAGGCCUCCACAGCCUCUUGCCUUCCAGAUGUUUUGGAUGUCAGCUCCCCAAAUUCCUGGCCAUUGGAUAAUUUGGGAGCUGGAGGCCUAAACAUCGGGUAGCCGCCAGUUGUGCAGGCCUGAUCUAGAAACACAAUAAUUUCUGGUGUACUCUAAAUUCUAGACUGUUGACAUGAAAGGAGACUGUUAAACUACAGAAUUUGGAAAAGUUGCUUUUGAAGGAUUCUGGGAAUUGCAAUCCCUAAAAGUAACUUUUGAAAGCUUUGUUGAAGAUUUGCUUGAUUUCCUUUUUGGUUUGGGUGGGAAUGUAGUAGUUGUCCAGAAGUUGAUAAACUCCAGCUCCCAGCAGCCUGGCCCCAGUAUAGACAAUGGUGAGGAGUGCUGGGAGCUGCAGUUCAAUCAGUUCUGUAGGACUCCACAAUUCUCAUCUCUGUUUUAGGAUAGUGAGCCAAGGAAAUUUGAUGGAUGAACGGAUUUAAUCUUCCAUGAAACUACAUCUCUCCUCCUCUGCUCCCUAUCUCCCCUCUACAUGUGGGAAUUUUCAGGUUCAUACAAGAUUGUGGUGUAGAUUGCAAAGUCCUGGGACAUAGAAGUCAUAGUGAAACAAUUCUGCUGUUGAGUAAGGUACUGUCAUUGUUGAGAGAGAAAGAAAAGAAAUUGAGAGUUCCCUAUGUUGCAAGACCAAUGCUCCCCUGAUUUUUUUUUAAACUUUUGGUUGACUUUGUUUUGUUGUUGAAUAUGCAAUUUAUUUAUUGAAGAGCAGGUACUUGUAUUUAACAUCUAUAUGCUUUGUGGGCCAAAAAAAUUGAAGUCGAUAUGUUUUAGGUGAUUAAUUUUACUGUCACAUAUGCAGUUGUCAUUUGUAACUGUGUACAACUAAAUGAUGUCUUAAACCAAAUAAAGCUUCAUUUUAAAUGUU